AUGGCCAUCUCCACUAACAAGAUUGCUCGUAUUAAGCACUAUGAGAUCCUUGAAACAAUUGGUGAAGGCAACUUCGCCAAAGUGAAGUUGGCCUGGCAUGCUCUGACCAAGGGACUGGUAGCCAUCAAGGUCAUCCAAAAGACAAAUCAGAGACUCUCCAGCGUCAAGGAGCAGUUCCGAGAGGUUGACAGCCUGAGAACUGUAAACCACCCGAAUAUUGUGAAGCUACUGGAAGUGAUCGACACUGAGGAGACUCUGUUUAUCGUAAUGGAGUACGUCAGCGGGGGAGACUUGCAAACAUACUUGGAGGCCAAAGGCCGCAUGACGGAGGGGGAAGCCCGAGGCCCGUUCUGCCAGCUGGUCUCGGCUCUGCAGCACUGCCACCAGCGGGGCGUGGUGCACCGGGAUUUGAAGCUGGGCAACCUCCUCCUCGACGCCAACAACAACAUAAAAAUCUCGGACUUCGGCCUUAGCAACCAGUGGCACCCAGGAAAUGAGCUCGAUACUUUCUGCGGCAGCCCCGCGUUCAUGGCCCCAGAACUCUUCCUGGGGAUGCCUUACACAGGCCCAGAGGUGGAUGUGUGGAGCCUCGGCGUCGUCCUGUACACCAUGGUAACUGGAUCCCUCCCCUUCGGGGGACAAGACUUCUGGGAGCUGCGGCAGUGUGUGCUUAGCGGGCAGUACCAUGUGCCCAAAUAUCUAUCCACCAACAUAACAGACUUAAUAGAAAGAAUGCUAACGCUCAAGCCUACCGACAGAGGCACACUAGAUGACGUCUGGCAGCACGCAUGGGUGAACAUGGGCCAGGAGGAGCCCCUCCCGCCAGCCUGUGGUGAGCACCCUGGGGUGACAGUGGAGAUGAUACUGGGCUGGUGCAGGGACCUAAUCCAGGGCUUAGACACAAGCAGCGUCAGUGACAUGAAUGAACCCAAGAUGAGGGUCCGCACCAUCAAGGUGAGGCCGGCCGUCUCCUCUGACCUCAGCAGCCAAGAACAUACGCCUCCCGCCAGCCCUGAGGAGUCCAUCCUUAUUCCCGCCUGGCUUUGGGAGACCACUGAGCAGCAGGAGAACCAGGAGUCAAGAGAGAAGACCAGAGAGCCUGCCACUCCCCCACCCUGCCCGGGGGCGAGGACCGUCAGCCCCAGCCCAGCCCCCUCCACCCGCAACACCCAUGGUGAGAGCAGCGCCCGAGCCGCCGAUCACGCCGGUGACCGCCACGCCACGUGCGGGACCAGGCUCACCUGCUGCACCUGCGGCAGGCAUGACAGCAGCCACACCUGUGACACCAGCCUCACCAGUGACGCCAGGGGCGCCUGCCACACCAUCAGCACCUGCGACAGCUGCGGAACCAGAGGAACCAGCCUCACCCGUGACGCCUGCAGCACCCGGGACACCAGGCACACCUGGGAUCACAGCCUCACCCAUGACGCCUGCAGCACCCGGGACACCAGCCUCACCUGUGAUCCCAGCCUCACCUGUCACGCCCCAAGCACCCGGGACACCAGCCUCACCUGUGUCGCCCCAAGCACCCGGAACCCUACUGGGGCCUGCAAUGUACAUGACACCCGUGGCAACCGUGAUACCUGUGACACCAGUGCCACUAGCGACAGCUGCCUCACCCCUGGCACCAGGGGCACCCACGACACAGAUGGCACUCAUGGCACCUGUGACACCCUCAACACCAGUGGCACCCAUGACAACAAUGGCAAAGUCGCUGAAGGAACCCACUGCCUCCCGGAUGUGCCUGAUACAGGAAGCUCCACCCUUGUUGGGCAGCCCGAGAGUAUGUCCCCAGUCACUCCCUCUGGCCUCACCCAGAAAAAGAAGGGGGUGGCUGGAAGAAUAUGGAGAUGUCUCUCCAGAUAUCUCUGCUGUGGGCUGCCCAGCAAGAGGGCUAAUAAAGUGAAGCCGGAAAUAGCGAAUGGAUGA